ACUAUUUGUCGGAACCGCUGGGAUGACAGUUCAAUUUACGUUAUGCUGCAAGUCACGUGAUUUGUUUCACAGUUUUUUAUUUGUUCAUAUAAGUAUGCACACACAUAUAUAAAGAGAUGAUGACCUUCUAAAACCAACUCAUCGAGAAGCUAACGUUCACAGCAGUAGCCGACGAACGCAGUAUUAUAUUUUUUUAUUUCACGUACAUCCUUCACGAAACGACACAACCGUAGAAGAGAUACAGAUUAAACAAUGAAGAAAGAAGUAAUCCAGGCAGUUGUAGUUUUAGUUUUCUGCGCCCUCUUCCGUGGAUCAUGGGCUCAGUGUUUCUCGCAGAAUGACACUGUAAAUAACAACAAUGACAUCGAAAGAGCUGUCAACAGGCUGGUUAACGGCUCUCACCAAUUUGGCCUAGAUUUGUUUCGCCUGCUCUACGAAGAACACAAUCAUAUCUCUUCUGGAUUAUUCUUCAGUCCUUUUAGUGUUUGGUCUGCUCUUGCAGUUACUUUGAUGGGUGCCAAGGGGCAGACUGAACAAGAGAUUAGUAACGUUCUGGGUGUCCGAGAAUUAGAUAAGAUUGUCAUUGCUAGGGCUUAUAACUAUUUACAUUAUAGAGAACAAUCUGGAAGCAACAGUAGCAGCACCUACCGACUAGCUAAUAAGCUCUUUUUUCAAAUGAAUGCUUCUUUACGACAAUGUCUUUUGGAAUACUUCCCGACAUAUAUUACGCGUGUCGAUUUUCGUGCAGACCCGGAAGGCUCUCGCCAGUUUAUAAAUCAAUGGGUUGAGGACCAAACAAACAACAAAAUAAAAGACCUUUUGCCUCCAUUUAGUGUAAAUCCAACAACAAAUUUUGUGAUUGCCAAUGCCGUAUAUUUCAAAGGAACAUGGCUGAAGCAGUUCGAUACGAAAAACAAUCGUAAGGCUCGUUUUUUGACGGGUCCUGGCCAACAGAAAGUAGUGGAUAUGAUGUUCACAACAGAUGUAUUUUUAUAUGGGAUCAGCGAGGUCCUUCGGUGUACUGCCGUGGAGCUUCCUUACAGCGGCCAGGAACUAAGUAUGGUUAUUCUUUUACCACAUCAGUCUAACUCUAGUUUGGAUAAUCUUAUACGGUUGAUCACUCCUAGUCGGUUACAAGAGUUAUCAAAUUCUAUGUACCCUCACCAAGUCGUGCUUUAUUUGCCCAAGUUUCACAUAGAAAACGAUUUCGAUCUUGCGGGGACCUUGCAGCAUCUUGGGCUUAGGGACAUUUUUAAUCCUGUAUUUGCUGACCUAUCGGGAUUCACUGGCUAUCGUGACAUUACAGUUGAUGCCGUAAGACACAAGACCUACGUAGAUGUAAACGAGGAAGGCACCGAAGCUGCCGCUGCCACUGGAAUCUUAGCGACACGAAUAUCUAAGCCUGAUGGACCUACACUUUUUAAAGCAAAUCACCCUUUCUUAUUCUUUAUUCGAAACAACAGGUUAAACCUCAUCGUCUUUAUGGGCACUGUCAACAGUCCUCAAAACCAGUAAAGACACAGUAAAAGUGCAGCGUCAUAAUAGUAGAAACGAAAAUUGUAGCUUUUAGUUAAACAUGUUUGAAAAAUAUAUUACAAAAUACUGAUCAUGACUUUUGUACAGUUAUCUGUACAUAUAUGUGUGUGUGUGUGUGCAUUACUCGUGGUGUUACAAAUUCGUUUAUUUAGUGAUGUUGUAUUCUUUGUUCUUAUUAUAAUAUAUACAUAUAUUUCUUUCUGAUAUGUAAAUGCACUCGUAUUAGAAUUGAAGACCUGUGUUUUUGUGCUGUUUGUGGAAUAAAAAUAACUUUUAUCGGUUUAAAAAACCGAUUAGAAUAAAUAAAAUGUUUUAUUCACGAUAAUCAAAAUAAAACAAUUUUGUGUGUGUGGGAUCGUGAACAUAACAUAAGUACCAUAGGAUCUCCAAAAACAGUUUUUAAGAAAAGAUAAAACGAAAUAAUCCAAAUUAGACAGUUAAACUUGUUCUUUUUAUGGGGACUUUCAACUGACCUAAAUGUCAUCAAAAUAAGGAAAUCAAAUAUGUUUUCUUACAGCACUUUAUUUGUCAGAAAAACAAAAAAUUAAAUGCAUGAAUUAUAAUGUUGUUUGUCCUUUAAGUACAAACACUGAGAUUUAUGUAAUAGAAAGAUAAUGUGGUAUGUACAACAUACCAGGUAUUCAUUUUUCCUUUAUAGCUAAAACAAGUUCGUGUUCAUUUCGAACUUUCAAAAAUCUUCACACAUAGAAAAAUGAAUUCUGAAAUAUGGCUGAAAUGCUAGUGUCUGGGAUACGCAUUGUCGGUCUUUCCAAAUUGAUGUUGCUGAACUUUCUCGUGGAAGGUGACACUGGAAAACCAUGUGUGGCCUAACAUCAUGUAGUUUCUCUAGCGAGAUAAACUUUACAUAUAUUUGGCAAUAUCUGUAGGCUAUGUCCUCCCUGUUUUAAUGACAGAAUGGUCAAGUGCGUGGGUGGAACAUGCAAUCUGAGAGGUAUAAGGCUAUUGUGUUUGCUCUAUAGUUGUGAACUCCCCCAGUCUCCUUCAAAAUUCUUAUCGACCAUCUUUUUCUCUAGCUAUUGAAAGGGUAUAGUGCUAUUCAUUGUUAUUGUGUUUAUUGUCAAUAAAGGCUGUUUGUUUCUAA